AUGUUACUAACGCAGCUGGAGAUUGCAGUCGGAAAUCCAACGCUCAAGCGGAAGUAUAGUGGGGACUACGGUGCGCUGAAGAAAAAAAUGGAAGCCAUCAACUGGAACAAAAUCAUGUACAUCGCACAAGAGGAAAAGCUUCUAUACUUCGAUCAAAAAACGUACCGACUACCGGAAGCGAUCGUGACGAUGUACGCCGACCGGGUACAGCAUCUCGACCUUAGCCACAACAAACUGUCGUCCUUCGAUGCGCUGGAACGGUUCCCAUUCCUGGUGGAGCUCGUACUGGACAACAACUUCCUAACGGAUGAGAUUAUCUUCCCCGCGCAGCUGAACAAUGUGAAGCUGCUCUCGUUGAACAACAACAAGUUUAAAAAUUUGGAUCUACUGCUCACGAAGCUUUCGCUCUGCUUUCCGGAGCUGGAAUAUCUGAGCCUGCUGGGUAAUCCCGCCUGUCCGUGCCAUCUGCUGAACCUGAAGUAUACGGAAUACGACUAUCAGAAAUAUAGACUGUACAUCAUCCGACACCUUCCGAAACUUCGCAUUCUGGACGGCCAGAGGGUAAAGAAGAUGGAACGAGAUUUCGUACGCUGCCAGUUGGAGAACUACGGUGAAACGCUAGACCACGAUCCGAAUGCCGUUUCCGGGACGGCAAAGCAGCAGCAAACGAUCCGGAAGAGCAACACGCUGAAGCAUCUGUACACGACCGUCAGCAGUGGGUUGGGACUGCGCCGGAAAACGAUGCCCGUGUACAGCCCGCUGCCGGAAACGUUGCGCGAGGUCGGUGAUCAUCGGGGCGCGUACGGGCGAUGCCGUUACCGGUACGUUGGCGCACAGUCCGAGGGUAACCGGUUCAUACUCAACAAUGACUUAUGAGUAGCGGAUGAGCAUUUUUAU